GUUCCGUCAAGAUGGCCGACAUGUCCGGCGAACAGAUGCAGGCUAAGAUUACCGCGGCUAGGCGCGAAGCUGAAGGCCUGAAGGACAAGAUCAAGCGCAGAAAGGAUGAGUUGGCCGAUACAACUCGUACGCAUCCCUCUUUUUCCCUUUCGCAUCUCAUGGCCUCUCCUCGCAAUGGGGGACAACCAGUCGUCGUUGUACUCAUGAUUGGUCGUGUGUUUCGAUUUGCUGACUCUGGUUCCUUCUCUCCCCCCCAACAGUCCGUCAAGUCGCGCAGAACCAAACUGAAACCUUGCCUCGUAUUGGUAUGAAGCCCCGGCGGACGCUCAAGGGACAUUUGGCCAAGAUCUACGCCAUGCAUUGGUCGACCGACCGUCGUCAUCUCGUCUCCGCCUCUCAGGACGGAAAGCUCAUCAUCUGGGACGCCUACACCACGAACAAGGUCCAUGCGAUCCCGCUGAGGUCAUCAUGGGUGAUGACCUGUGCCUAUGCCCCAAGUGGAAACUACGUCGCCUGCGGUGGUCUCGACAACAUUUGCUCGAUCUACAACCUCUCCUCUCGCGAGGGUCCGACCCGUGUCGCGCGUGAGCUCUCCGGACACUCCGGCUACCUCUCUUGCUGCCGGUUCAUCAACGAUCGCAGAAUCAUCACGUCUUCCGGCGACAUGACUUGCAUGCUGUGGGAUAUCGAAUCGGGCUCGAAGGUUACUGAAUUCGCUGAUCACCUUGGCGACGUGAUGUCGAUCAGCAUCAACCCGACAAACCAGAACGUUUUCGUUUCGGGCGCCUGCGAUGCCUUCGCCAAGCUGUGGGAUAUCCGUACCGGAAAGGCGGUGCAAACUUUCGCUGGACACGAAUCCGACAUCAACGCCAUCCAGUUCUUCCCCGACGGAAACGCUUUCGGAACCGGUUCCGACGACACCUCCUGCCGUCUGUUCGACAUUCGUGCGGAUCGCGAACUCAACACCUACCAGGUAAUGCUGACAAUAUGUCUGGCGAAUUCAUCUGUAGCUGACGAAUGAUGUUUCCAGAGCGACCAAAUAUUGUGCGGUAUCACCUCCGUUGCCUUCUCCGUCUCUGGCAGAUUGCUUUUUGCUGGUUACGAUGACUUCGAGUGCAAGGUAACACCUGAAACCGCCCACAUUAGUUGUAAUAUAGGACCACCGGCUGAUCAUGUUAUACCUGCAGGUCUGGGAUGUUCUGCGCGGAGACAAGGUUGGAUCCCUGAGUGGUCACGAGAACCGCGUAAGCUGCUUGGGAGUCAGCAACGAUGGCAUCAGCUUGUGCACUGGAUCCUGGGAUUCUCUGGUAAGCUUAGCAAGAGCAUCAUUCUGGUUGACUGGGCUGUGCAGCAUACUAAUCAUCUUCCGUCUUACAGCUCAAGGUCUGGGCUUGGUAAAAAAGCAAAACGAACAAAAACAGCAAAGAUACCCUGUCUCAGUCUUUUGCGACGUCCUCAUUCCAAGUUUCUUUUUUCCUUUUUCUGCG